UCUUCGUGUGGAUGUAUGAAAGGACGAAUGCAUGUUGUUAAAACCUAUCGCUCGCUAUCACUUACCUACUAUGUGUCCACCCGACAACCUGUCUAUCUGACCAUAAUAAAUUUAUACAUGAAUGUAAAUAAUGUCAUAAUCAAAGUCCGGAACCAGAAUAAUGCGUAAACGUCAGUGCCUGUUUAGAUGAUUAUACGGGACUGGUUUGGCAUGAGAGUGCGCGUGCGCAUGCGCCUUCGUCCAUGAAGACGUGCGCGAGAGACGGCGACCUCCUCACGCUUGCGCCUGUUCUAUUUGUGUUCGCCUUCGUCACUCUGCUCGCCUUCAGUCAGUCGCAAAGUUGAAUCGGCCGCCCAGCGCGUUUUUGCUACCGGUGUGAAAAGUUUAUUCGCUAAAAACGGCCGCGGGCGGCCAGCGCGAGCCAUGGCUGCCCAGCCGACGCGCAAACCUCCAAACAAUGUGCUUUUUUGUGGACCCCCGCCUUCAUUACCACCCAUAGUACUCAUACCAAAUAAUUUAUCAUGUGACAGUAUCGCUAAAAAUGCAGCACUAAAUGCUGCCCUUGAAUCAACGUCAACGUCAAAGUAUCCGCAUGGUUUGCAAGAAAUAAAUAACGUUGGAGUGCCGACUUCGGAUAGUCAAUGUAUCGAGAGUACUCAUCAAAACAUACCAACAGAUGAAACCGGUGAACAAUUUGCAUAUAAUAAUACCUUUCGCCGUGCCAGGAGUUUUGAUGUAUCAGAUCUUUCUGUUGCUAAUUAUGAAAAUGAAAACAACAACAUAUUCCGCUAUAGACGAUCGGAACCAGAUUUAUCAAAAUACGAGCUUUAUCUUGAAACUGAUGUUUUGGUACAAAAUUCCUCACUGGAAUGUCCACCUUCACUCGUACUCAACAAUCCUUUUUAUGAUGGCUCUUACGCUUACGAUGCUUCUCAGAUUAACCAAAAUAUGGUUAUGUUACCUGAAAACUACCUAGCUUUUGAAGAUUCAUUUGUACCAUCUUGGGAUUAUAAGCCAGAGCUAUUAGUGGAUAAAGAUAUGAAUACCGGCAUAUAUUACGAUGGGCUACCGUUAAUUCCUUCUAAUACCCCUUGGACACUAUACGAAAACAACAAUAAUGCGCAGGAAUAUUAUUCACCUCAAUUUGGUCUGCCAAUAGAAGAAGGUGUGCAGUAUAUGAGAUUAAAUGAUUUAGAUUUUGCUUUGCCUCAAUAUAUGAACUUGCCGAUAGUAGAUCAAGGAAGAAUUCAGGAAUUACAUAGUGAUAAUGCAGCUCAUAACGCCACGGGAAGUACGGAAACAAUGACCGAUAAUUAUGAAGAUGCUCAAACGGCAAAUUUCUCUGAUACAUUACCUGCUUCACCUACUGUGAACUUAAACGAAGAUAGUAAACAAAGUAAUGUGGAUUCUCUAAAUAACAGGGAAUCGUCGACGAGAAGCGAAGAAUCAUUAAAUGGUGAUAUAUCUAUUGAUAUCACUAGUAGUUUAGCAUUUCUUCCUAGUAGUAAAAGUUCACCAAGGCGCACACGUGGCUCCGAUGAUACCAGCGAAGAUACAUCAACAUGUUCUACGGAUUAUCACGAAGCGUCCGCACUUGAUUUAGCUCAAAGUUUAGAAGAAUUAUCUUGUGAUAGUGAUGAAUUGUCUCAAAGCAGAGAUGAACCUUCCCCUGUGUGCGCAGAAGAUAGUAGUAAGGCAGUGAAAAGUGAUGUCAAACUGGAAUGCAAUGGAGCACUACCACCCAACGAACCCACUGGUAACGUAGCACAUAGUAAACAAGCCACCAUUCCGACAAAGAACGAACCACCUAAACAUCUUCCACCUCCACCGCCUACACCUCAUGGAAUACCGGCUGUGAAUGAAAAUUUAGUGGUUAGUAAAGUAGUUCAAAAUAAUAAAACUGAAGUAACGAACAUAAGUGAACUAAGUAAAACGAGUGAUCAAACUUGUCAAAGCAACCGCGCUUCAUUCCCAAUAUCGUCAAAGGAGGUAGCUCAAUCAAAACCAUUGAAAACAGCAAUGCAACGCCCGCAGCCCCCGGCUGUGCCACCUGCUUGGUUAACUAAAACGUCGACAUCUAAUAUCUCUUAUGAGAAUGUACCACAAAUCUGUGUGCAGAAUUCUGAAGGCCAAGCAAGUUUCGUCGGACAAGGUUCGAAGACACCUCAACAAAGCAAAACUCAACAAAAACAAGAACCACAACCAUCUUGUUCAUUUGGUGAAGCACAGCCCUCACAACUGAAACCAGAGAAACAACCGAAAGAAGUCGAGAGCUCCCGGGCACGCUCCUCCGUCAAGGACGACAAGGAUGGACACCUCGUCUACUGGCCCGGCUAUGUCAUGGGAGCGAGAUACAAAAUCAUCGACACACUUGGCGAGGGCACAUUCGGCAAGGUGGUUGAGGUGAAAGACUUGGAAAUGGAGCACAGAAUGGCUCUGAAGAUAAUAAAGAAUGUUGAGAAGUACAGAGAGGCUGCAAAACUAGAGAUUAAUGUAUUAGAAAAGUUAGCCGAUAUAGAUCCCGAUUGUAAGAAUUUGUGCGUGAAAAUGUUGGACUGGUUCGAGUACCACGGGCACAUGUGCAUCGCGUUCGAGAUGCUCGGCCAGAGUGUGUUCGACUUCCUGAAAGACAACAACUACCAGCCGUACCCGCUGGAGCAGGUGCGCCACAUCGCGUACCAGCUGAUAUACAGCGUGCUGUUCCUGCACGACAACAAGCUGACGCACACCGACCUCAAGCCGGAGAACAUCCUGUUCGUCGACAGCGACUAUGAGCUCGUGUCUGUAUAUAGUAGUUCUAAGAAGAAACAUGACUUGCGCCGCGUGAAGCGCAGCGACGUUCGGCUCAUAGACUUCGGCAGCGCGACCUUCGACCACGAGCACCACAGCACCAUCGUAUCCACUAGACACUACAGAGCGCCUGAAGUUAUAUUAGAACUAGGCUGGUCACAGCCGUGCGACGUGUGGUCGAUCGGCUGCAUCAUGUUCGAGCUGCACCUCGGCAUCACGCUGUUCCAGACGCACGACAACCGCGAACACCUCGCCAUGAUGGAGAGGAUCCUUGGACCGAUACCCUACAGAAUGGCGAGGAAAACAAGAACAAAAUAUUUCUAUCACGGCAAAUUAGACUGGGACGAAAAGUCGUCGGCGGGCAGAUAUGUUAGGGACAAUUGUAAACCACUUUUGAGGUACCUGCAGAGCAACAGCGAGGAGCACCGGCAGCUGUUCGACCUGAUCGCGCGCAUGCUGGACUACGAGCCGGCGCAGCGCAUCACGCUGCGCGACGCGCUCAAGCACCCCUUCUUCGCGAAGCUGCCCGCGCACCAGCGGCUAGGACACCCGUUUACAAGGGCAUCAUAUCUUAGGCAAUGACCGCGGCCGCUGCAACGGUGAGAGCUCGGGGUCGCGCGAGCGCUCGCACUCGCUGAGCAGGUGAGGGCCGGCGCGGCAACGUCGCUCCCGCUCCCCGGCGCCCGGCGCGCGCGCGGCGUCGCCGCACCGCGCCGCGACGUGACGUGCCGCGCGCUCGCGGCUCACGUGACGUGACGUGACGCGCGCUCGCGGCUGACGCGACGUGCCGUGACGGGCCGCCCCUCGACGCCGCGCCAAGCGCUGUCGAUGUAUAAUAAACUUGUACAUUAAUGAAGUGAUAAGUGAUAUAUUUUGUCGAACAUUAAUUUUAGGUAAUAUUUUGUUGUGAAUCGGUACUUCUCAAUUUGUAUUUAUAAAUAAAUAUUCGAAAUAAAGACUGUUGGUCUGAGUUAAA